AUGGAAAUUCAAUUCCAAAAGCAGCAAAAAGGAGGAAUUCAAGUGAGCAAAUUUAAGGGGCGAAGCCGAAGUAAUGGCAAUAACAAACUUAUAGGGGUGAGACAAAGGCCUUCUGGGAGAUGGGUAGCUGAGAUCAAAGACACAACACAAAAGAUCAGAAUGUGGCUUGGAACAUUUGAAACUGCAGAAGAAGCUGCUCGUGCCUACGAUGAGGCUGCUUGUCUUCUUCGUGGAUCCAAUGCUCGAACGAACUACAUUAACACCCAUGUCUCUGCUGAUUCUCCUCUCGCUUCUCGAAUUCAAAAACUUCUAAACAGCAAAAAAAAUUCAAAACAGCAGAGUCCAGAUGUAUCUAUCUCUACUGGCAGUAACACCAUUCAAAGUACUAGCACUACUAGUAGUCCCACUACUAGUGAUGAUACUACUGGUUGUGAUCAAUCCAUUAGUAGUGGUGACUCUCUUUUUAAUGUUGAGAAGCAAGAUUCCCAGUUGUUUGAUGAUGCAUAUAAGCCUGAUUUGAGCAAUUUCUGCAAUGAAUUCAACUUGGGCUCGGGCUCUUCUCAAUCUGAUAUGUCAUGGGGUUUUGGACACGGGUUUGAUCGAUCUCCCUUUACUCAAGAGAUGUUGGAAUUGCCUGAAACAAAUGAAGUAGAAGAAUUCUCAGAAUUCGAGCGCAUGAAGGUUGAAAGACAGAUAUCAGCAUCGCUUUAUGCAAUGAAUGGAGUGCAUGAGUAUAUGGAAACUGUCCAUGAUCCUAUUGAAGCUUUUUGGGACCUUCCUCCUUUAGGUUCAUUGUUGUGCUAA